AUGCGCUCCCGCGGCCAGGACUGGCUGGUCGACCAACUCAAGCGAGACGGGGUAGUGGCCCACUCAGACGUGGAGCGGGCGCUGCGCCAGACUGACCGGGCUCAUUACGUGGACAGCGGUAUCCCGUUGGCCUACAUCUACCAGGCAGGAGGCCUCCUGGCGGUUCAGGAGAAGUAA